CUUGUUUCGUGUGUUGUGUUAUCUUAAAAACUAAAUAUUUUGGGACCAGAAAAGUUUUACUUUCAAGACUGUGAGCGCGUGAUCGGCCGUGAAGUUAUGGCAUGAGUUGUUUCAUUGUUGCUCCAGCCAGCAAACAAGUGAAGACCCGGCAGAACCAAACCGCCUACCACUUUUUGCACCAUUCUUGCAAGUGUUGGAAACUCUGGAAAAAGCGAAGUUCAUAAUGACCCGCCUGAUUUUUGUCCUCGUUGUUCUUUCAAUAAGUAAAGGCAAUGCGUUGAAAUGCUAUCAGUGCGAUGACUUACUCUCGAAUGAGCCCGAUUGUGAUGACGUCAUCAAAGAAGGUGUACUAACGGAGUGCCCAAAAUCCACUGAAGGGGAUCCGUACUGCGAUUCUCUGGAUGGAACGGAAAAUGUGUCCGGUGCUUUGGAAAUUCAACGAAGCCUGCGCAGGAAGAGCUGCUCACACAUCGACAAACUCAAGCUGCAAGGUCGACAGUGUAUACCGUUCAAUCGGACAGAAGUGAAUGGGAUACUCGUCGGCACUGAGCAGAAACUGGAGACCUACGUCACAAAAGAUAAUGCAACUCUUUGUCUCUGCAAUGAUUAUAAUGGCUGCAAUGGCUCCGUGCGGCCGAUGGUGGCGCUGUGGUCGAUCGUUGCGUCACUGGUCGCCGCAGUGAAGUUUAUUAAUUAGGGGUUCACCCCACUGUAAAUACCUUUAUGCAUGAUCUCAAGUAGGGCGCCUUUACUUAUAGGUCAAAAGAAGGUUGAUCAUCUGGCCAAGUCUGUACGCCCUGCAUCCAAAUCUGUGCGUUGUGAUUGUUAGGCAUUUUUACCAGGGGCCAUGUCACACGAGACAAUUUACAGGCAACCAGUUACAGGCAAUCUCCAAGAAGAAAAGCCAUAUACAUUUCAUUGUUCGGGUACUUCUCUUGUUGAUAAUAAUAAGACAUUGUUUGAAAAUUUACUCAUGUGCUACCAAAGUGGUCCUGUAGCAUGCACUGCAGUUGGUUGCCUCCAAGUUGGCUGUAAAAGUUGCAUCGUAUGACUUGCAAGGUCCUAAGCAUACAGUGUAAGAUGCUAAAUACUCAAGAAUACACCAACAAUUCUUUGAAGUCUCACAGCUUUUUACACUAAAGAAACAACUAUUCAUUUACUCUUGAACAUUGAUCUACUGAUAAAUUUAGUAUGCAGCGUCCCUGGGCCCAUCAAGUUAUUCCACUCCAAGUCAAAACACCAGUGCAAGUGUAAUUUUUCCAAAUCCAAGCAUCAAUCUUGAAAACUGUCCGUAAAUUUUGCUUAGUGAAUAGGUGUACAACUUUUAGGGACCAAUAUCAUCCAACACACAUCAAGUUGGAAGUCAACAACCCCCAGGCGAUAAUAAUUGGGAAACUGUUUUACACUGAAUCCCUUUUUUUGGGGGGGGGGGUCUCUUAAAUCUGUCUUUUGAUUUUGAGGGCCUACACAAAAAAAUAUAAUGAUCUCGCACUCUGUUUUCUACUUAUUGAGUGGGGUGCACCUUUAGGACUUGACCAUACGCCAUUGAAGUUUGAUAAACUUCGUGUUAAAUUCUAUAUAAGAGGAUACAGAUUGUGUAUUGUGUACAUGUAUAAUGCUUUAAAGACACUGGACACCAUUGGUACUUGUCAACGACUAGUCUUCACAGUUAGU